GUACCUACUGCCAGAACUACCCACUACUUGACCUCUACUCUGUACCAUGGCUGAGAUGACCUCUACUGAUGUUGUGUACUACGCCAAGAAACUCCAGAGUCUGUUACUGGCCCACGACAACGCUGCCAAGCAGGUCAACUUCUUAGAUGACCAGUUGAUCCGCCUUGACCGACAACUUUUCGUAUCCACACUUGACGAUGCCCACAGCCUUGUUCUCCACCUACUGACCCGCAAGUCCAUCAUCCAGGGUGUCCGCAGGAUGUUUGACCAGUACCGAUCCACCAAGAACCGUCAGGUCCAGGAGUUAUCUGCCCUUGUCCUCACUUCCCUGGGAGGAGACCCAGACUUGGAGAUGCCAGCCACAUCGGGAAGGACCGUGGAGACUGACGAGCUAGCCAGGAUGUCUACUACCAACUACAGCAUUCUCUGGAGGGGUGUGUGAUAGACCAACUACAGCAUCCUCUGGAGGGGCGUGUGAUAGACCAACUACAGCAUUCUCUGGAGGGGUGUGUGAUAGACCAACUACAGCAUUCUCUGGAGGGGUGUGUGAUAGACUGAUAAUGUGAUAGACUGAUAAUGUGAUUGUUUGAGAUCGACAUUUCCUAUCUAUAAACAUAGUGCUACUAAUAGUGUUGACAUGGACAGAAUGUGUU